UUGCUGGUUCCGGGAUUGGGCGGUCCUGCCUUCUCUGCGGCGGCGAGCGGUAGAGGAGAUGGCUGCCACCUUGCAGCGCAUAGAACGGCUGUCCAGUCGGGUGAUUCGCGUCCUGGGCUGUAACCCGGGUCCCAUGACCCUGCAGGGCACCAACACCUACCUGGUGGGGACCGGCCCCAGGAGGAUCCUCAUCGACACUGGAGAACCAUCAGUCCCAGAAUAUAUCAACUGUUUAAAGCAGGCUCUGACAGAAUUUAACACAGCCAUCCAGGAAAUCAUAGUGACCCAUUGGCACCGUGAUCAUACUGGAGGCAUAGGAGAUAUUUGUAAAAGCAUCAAUAAUGACACUACCUAUUGCAUUAAAAAACUCCCACGGAAUCCUGAGAGAAAAGAAAUUAUAGGCAAUGGAGAACAACAGUAUGUUUAUGUGAAAGAUGGAGAUAUAAUUAAGACUGAAGGUGCCACGCUAAGAGUUAUAUACACACCUGGCCACACUGAUGAUCAUAUGGCUCUAGUCUUAGAAGAAGAAAAUGCUCUGUUUUCUGGAGAUUGCAUCUUAGGGGAAGGAACAACCGUAUUUGAAGACCUCUAUGAUUAUAUGAACUCCCUGAAAGAGUUAUUAAAAAUCAAAGCUGAAGUUAUAUAUCCAGGACAUGGCCCAGUCAUUCAUAACGCUGAAGCUAAAAUUCUACAAUACAUUUCUCACAGAAACAUCCGAGAACAGCAGAUUCUUACAGUAUUUCAUGAGAACUUUGAAAAGUCAUUCACAGCAAUGGAACUUGUAAAAAGUAUUUACAAGGAUACUCCCGAGCAUUUACAUAAAAUGGCCCAUCAUAACGUCUUGCUGCAUUUGAAAAAAUUAGAAAAAGAAGGGAAAAUAUUUAGCAACACAGAUCCUGAGAAGAAAUGGAAAGCUCAUCUUUAGUUUCAGCUUAAUGAAAGAUUGUGUUGUUUUGAUUUUGGAGAAUGAGAUGUUCUGUUAACUAUGAAUUAUUUACAGAGAAUAGCCUGUGGAACACUGAAAAUAACCCUAGAUAUACUUUUAAAUAACAUUAUACCUAUUCUAAAACGUGUAAACCACAAUUUGCACCUACAAUAUUAGUGAUUUAUCUAACCAAGCUCUUACAACAUUUUACCAAAAAUGCAGAAAUCCAAUAGUUUAUACAUUUUCAAUAAACAAAGUAACAGUUUCUUUUAAAAUAAUAAAUUUUAUGUCAUUUAAACUGGA